AGUUUCAAUAGAAAUUUUGGUGCGUUAAUAAAUUACAAGUUUCGUUAAUGCUGACAUGCAAUAAUGUUCAAUACAAAUGCACAAAAUUGGUAUGGCAUGGCCCAAUCGGUUGCUGCACCUGCUUCAACUGGCGGCAACGUUGCCCAAUUGAUUAACAGUACUAAUAAUAAUGACAAUGGAAGCUCGCAUUCCCAUGUACAUCCAUUUAUGCGUCAACGCUCGAUGACUUGCUCCAAUCCGAAGCUGGAGCGUAACGCCUUGGCACUACGCCCACAAUCUCCGCCCAAUGUCCAAGUGGAGUACGAAGUAGCCGUGCCCUUUAUGUCUGGAUAUAGACACACGCCGUAUCAUUCGCUAUGGGAUCUGCAUCAGUGCUCCUCAACGCCGCCCACAAGCCUUUCGCAUAUGGCGCGUAUGAUGGACUCUUUGAUAUUGGACUCGCUGUCACCAUUUGCCUUCACCAAAAUCACCACCACCAGCAGGCCUUCCCGGAGCAAUGCCGUCAAGAAGCCGGCGGCAGAGAGUGCUCAUUCACAUCCAUCUGCGACAUCUUAUCGGCCUAUUAACAAUCUGGGAGCGAAUGCACCCAAUGGCUUGGGUAUUGGCGGUACGCUGCCGUUACGCAAGCCACGUUUACCCACACAAGUCUCCGUAACAGAGGUAGCACCACAACCACGCUCCAACCAGCCCGCAAUGUCGUUUCCCUCGCAGCAGCAACAGGAUAGUCGCUGGGUUUCCUCAUUGCGUCGACGGGAUCCGGAAUUGCAGCCAACGCUGCCAUCCAUUAGCAGCAAUUUGAACAGCAACAGUCUCAGCCAGAGUCAUCAUGGUAGUGCCGGCAACGUGGGCAUCACUGCAAGCUCCACGGGCAGCAAUGCCGGCGUCGGAUUGCGUCUAGGUCGUCCGGUCAGAGGAUCUGCUCUAACGGCGGCUGUCCGGAAGAGUCGCUCCGUGGAGCGUUUACGGGCACGCAAGCUGAGCACCACAACACAGCUGACGCUGAAGCACAAGGCUGUGAAGAAGAACUCGCUGGAUGAGAACUCGAAUUCGGAUGACCAGGAUGCGACCACUUCUCUAGAGGAUAACUCGCAUGCCACUCAAUCCACCACGCACAAUACACCGAGAUGUUCACCCAAGACAAAGACUAAGCAUUUCUCGCCUCUCGGCUAUGAGGGACAUCUGGUCGAUACCCUGGAGAAAGAUAUACUGCAGCGGCAUCCUUGCAUCAAAUGGACUGAUGUUGCUGGCCUCAACGAGGCCAAGACCAUAUUGCAGGAAGCCGUUGUGUUGCCCAUUAUAAUGCCCGAGUUCUUUAAGGGAAUACGCCGACCGUGGCGGGGCGUGCUUAUGGUAGGCCCACCGGGUACGGGCAAAACAAUGCUGGCCAAAGCCGUGGCCACUGAAUGCGGCACCACUUUCUUCAAUGUGUCCUCAUCCACACUAACAUCCAAAUAUCGAGGCGAAAGCGAAAAACUGGUCCGUCUGCUGUUUGAGAUGGCACGUUUCUAUGCUCCCAGCACAAUAUUCAUUGAUGAAAUCGAUGCACUCUGCGCCUCCCGCGGCAGCGAUUCGGAGCACGAAGCGAGCCGUCGUUUCAAGGCGGAGUUGCUGAUCCAAAUGGACGGUCUCAAUGCCAGUCUGCAGGACGACAAGGUCAUCAUGGUGCUGGCAGCUACAAAUCAUCCCUGGGACAUUGACGAGGCAUUUCGGCGACGUUUCGAGAAACGCAUCUACAUUCCACUUCCCAAUGAGGAAACUCGGGCAGCGUUGCUCAAGCUCUGCCUCAAGGAUGUCUCGCUGUCGCCAGACCUUAACCCGACCAUAAUUGGCGAUGAGAUGCAAGGCUAUUCCGGCUCAGACAUAAGCAAUGUUUGCCGUGACGCCUCCAUGAUGGCCAUGCGACGCCUGAUCUCGGGCCGAACGCCGCAGCAAAUUAAGCAAAUUCGUCGCGAGGAUGUUGACCAGCCCAUAACACUGCAGGACUUUCUGGACGCCCAAUUGCGUACCAAAAAGUCCGUAUCCGCUGACGAUGUUGCACGUUUCGAGAAGUGGAUGGACGAGUAUGGUUCAUGCUAGUUGUAUGGAUUGUGUGCUGCUGCAGCACCAGAUUUAUAAUGCCCCCCUAUAUUUAUAACCAUAUGUACUUCCAAUACGCGAACCUCCUUUUUUUAAUUAAUGUAAAAACAAUACAUGUUAGCUAUACUUUUACUGCAUA